CAUUUUGGUAAUCUAUAGCUGCGCCAGUGGUAUUUUAGCCAUGCGCUGAUGUGCAUGCAUUGUCCAAGUCCAAGCUAGCUAAGCCAUAAUGACGGGGGACCAACAGCAGCAAGCCUCAGCUCCUCUCCACGCGGUGGUGUUCCCAUGGCUGGCCUUCGGCCACCUCAUCCCCUUCCUCGAGCUCUCCAAGCGCCUGGCGCGGCGGGGCCACGCCGUCACCUUCGUCUCCACGCCGAGGAACGUCGCCAGGCUCCCGCCGGUGCCCACGGGCCUGUCCGGCCGCGUCCGUCUCGUGGCCCUGCCGCUGCCGGCGGUGGACGGGCUGCCGGAUGGCGCCGAGUCGACGGCCGACGUGCCUCCGGAGAAGGUCGAGCUCCUCAAGGCCGCCUUCGAUGGCCUCGCCGCGCCCUUCGCGGACUUCCUCGACCGGAGCCGGGAGGGCGAGGCGGGGUUUGAGAGGAGGCCGGACUGGAUCGUGCUCGACUUCGCGCACCACUGGCUCUUCCCCAUCGCCGACCAGCACCAGAUUCCCUGCGCGAUGUUCCUCAUCGUCACGGGCACCAUGCUCGCGUACAGCGGCCCACGUUGGGAGAACGUCGCCCAUCCCCGCGUCACCGCCGACGAUUUCAUGCCCACGCCGAGGUGGUUCCCGUCUCCAUCUUCCCUCGCCUACCGCCGUCACGAGGCCGCCUGGAUGGCCGCCGCCUUCCAGCCUAACGCGUCUGGCAUCUCCGACAUGGAGCGCUUCUGGCUGACCGAGCAGCACUGCCGCCUUCUCGUGUUCCGCAGCUGCCUGGAGGUCGAGCCCCUGGUGUUCUCCCUGCUCGCCCACCUCUACCGCAAGCCUGCAGUCCCGGCCGGCCUCCUACUGCCGGACCCGGCCGACGACGGUGACCAUGACAAUGGCAUCGGCGUGGCGCGUUCAGGUGCGUUACAGUGGCUCGAUGAGCAGCCUCCGGGGAGCGUCCUGUACGUCGCCCUCGGCAGCGAGGCGCCGGUAACGGAGGAGAGCGUCCACGAGCUCGCCUUGGGGCUCGAGCUCUCAGGGGUGCGCUUCCUGUGGGCACUACGGCGGCCGAGCGGCGCCACUGGCACCGGCACGUCGCCGCUGCUGCCAGACGGGUUCGAGGCGCGGACGCGCGGGCGCGGCGCCGUGUGCACGGGCUGGGUGCCGCAGGUGCGGUUGCUCGCGCACGUGGCGGUGGGCGCGUUCCUGACGCACUGCGGGUGGGGCUCCGUCGCCGAGAACCUCCGGUUUGGCCACCCGCUGGUCAUGCUGCCGUUCGUCGUCGACCAGGGCCUGAUCGCGCGGAUGAUGGCCGAGCGGGGCGUCGGCGUGGAGGUGGCGCGCCGCGACGAUGGGUCGUUUGGCAGGGACGACGUCGCCGCGUCCGUGACGCUCGUGAUGCUGGAGGAGGAGGGGAAGGUGCUCGCGCUCAACGCGAAGAGGCUUAAGGAGGUGGUCGUUGGCGACGAAGGUGGCCGGCAGGAGCGGUACGUCGACGAGCUCGUGGACUGCUUGCAGCGUCACAGCUUCACAGGGUUUGACUAGCCGCCAACCCGUACAUUCGUACAGGCUAGACAUACAUUUGUCUUUUAUAAUUUGUACUGCUAAUAAUUGAACUAUGGUAUUGCUCUAUUUUCCAAGCCCUAUCGCGGUUCAUGGAAAUAUAUAAGAUUGGAUUCGCAGUGUUCUCCUCA